AUGGCUAUCCACGUUUCUAUCGACUACGUCAAGGGAAGUUUCAUGAGGGGGUUCGCUAUCGCCAAGCCCGCCAUGAACCUCCUCUCCGAGCGUCUGAACGAAGCUCGGGCAUUUGAAGGCGGCACAUCCAACACAGUCAAACCCGCCAAAGAAACCUCGAUCCCUGCCCUCAUCGAGCGCCACGGCCGCCUCGAGACAGCUGUGAUCUGCGCUGCUGUCGAGCACAUCGCCGGCGCCGUCCUCGCCCGCGACCACGGCGUGCGCGGGGCUAUCUCGCGCACGCUGCCAUUUGUCAGCGCCCGCGCGCAGGACACCUUCGACGGCGCGUGCGACUUCCUCAUCGACAAGGCCCAUACACUCGUCGAUGCUGCCGUCAAGGUCCUCGAAGACAACCUCGAGGCGGCUUCCUCUUCCUCAGCUGUCGUCCACACUGGUGUGCAGGCCGCGGACGCUGCUAUGCAAAAGAUCCUAGGCGAGACCUACGUCGAGGACGCGAAGAAUUACAUCAAGGAUCUCCCUAUCCGCGCUCUGGAGUAUUCCGUGGUCAAGGCCGUCGAGGUGUAUGUGCCAUGUGAGAUCAAGGUUAACAGGAUGAGGAGGAGGUCGACCGUGGCAUCUGUUCUCUUCGAGGGUGCGGUCCGCUCGUCGUUCUUGGGCGUUUUGAGCGUUUCAUCCUUCUUCGCCUUCACACAUGUCUACGCGAUCUCCCUGGUCGACGAUGAGGCAGAGGUCAAGGCGAUUUCAUCACAACCCUCCGACGACACUUCUUCUACUGUCGUCCCACGCAAGCGCUGGCGUCGCUCUGCUUCACUUUUCGUUUCCUCUCCAUCAAUCACUACACUCGACACCAGCAGCGAUGUCCCCGGCGACGAGGGCGACAUGGAGGACAACGUCGACAUCAUCUCCUUUUCAUGCAGUACCACGAGCGAUUCGGACACCUGCACCGCCAAUGUCUCCGGCUCCGAUGCUUGUGUGGUUCAGGAGAAGUUCCAGGAGGAGGUCGAAGAGGAGGUAGCAUUCAAUUAUGGGAUUGAGGUCGACGGUCAGAAGGGCGGUGUUGAGAAGGAUACAAAUACGGUCGAGGAAGUCGGUGUCGACAUUUUGGGGGAUGGUGUAGGCCUUGAGGUUGUCGAGCCCGUCGUCCUUGUCACGGAAAUUGUCAAGCCUUCCUAUGGUCCAGUUCGAUGCGACGGCAACGGCGAGGGCGAGAGCAUAGGCGCAUAUGAUGGUGAGGACGAGGCUGAGGUUGACGGCGAAUACGAGGACGAGAUCAUGGGCGAGGUCGAGCAUGAGGUCGAGGACGAGGGCGAGUGUGAGGUCGAGGGCGAUGGUGCGAAGGUUGACGACGAAGGCGAAUUCCUUCUUUAUGAUAUGCUGGAAGGUGCGGCCAAGGACCAAGGUGUUGAGGCCAUGGACAACAUUUGCGUCGAGGGUAUCAAGAACGCCACCGAUAUUGGAACCGACGACAUCAGCAACGACGUCGAUGGCGAAGUCGUUCUUCAAGAGGAGAUGCAGAUCUGCGAGGCGACCAGGAGAGAUGGAGACGUCGGCUUUGGGCUCUUCCCUUGCGUUUCUGGUUGGCCGGCAACGAGUACUGUCGAUAUUAUGUCCAGAACUCAAGCCACUUGCCAACCCCAGCCCACCAAUGUCAACCGCUAUGGUGUGGAUGGUUCGCUUUUCCCAGUUGAUGCCCAAAGCCACGUUUACCCUCCAUCGAUCUCCUCUUUGGUUACCCCUUUCGAUCUCUUCGUUUCUUCAACAUCCAACAUCGACAACGCCUCGUCAGCUAUUUCCGAUAGUACCCUCGACAUCGACGCGAUUAUCGCCGACACCUGCAUUAACAACACCCCCAUUACCUCCUCUUUGGUUACCCCUUUCGUUUCUUUGACAUCCAACAUCGACAACGCCUCGUCAUCUAUUUCCGAUAGUACCCUCGACAUCGACGCGAUUAUCGCCGACACCUGCAUUAACAACACCCCCAUUACCACCACCAUCUUGAUCAUCAUCACUGAUGCCGACACGACCAGCACUAUUACCUCCACCGACAACGACAACGACAACGACAACGACAACGACAACAACCCCAAGAACAUCACCGACAAGAACACAAUUACUAUCAUCAUCGACGACAAGAGUUGCAACCAGUCCCUUGAAGUCGACACACCUACUAUUAGAGAAAUUUCGAAUGAACAAGGCGCAUCUAAAAUUCAAGGUUUACCUGAGGCCGUUGACACUCAGGUAUAUCCUGAGGUUGAGGCCGAGGAAGGACGGGAGAAGACGGUGAGAGGAGCUCACCCGGCAUUCGAGGCGGCAGUCGAACAACUCGAUCAGAGUCAGAUCGAGAUCGACACCGUCCACGCCGCAUUGGUCGGGGACGUAUCCCGCGACUCGGAAGCUGAGGACCACUUUGUGGUCCCCAGCUUCACGGUAUCCAUGCCCUGCCUCACGGCAGUGGCAGAAUCAGCCUCAUUCAAAGAGGCGCUCGUGUUCAACACGAGCGUCUCUUUUGAUGGCAGGCUGGGCUCUGCCCAGGAGACUGUGGAGUCCGAGGGGGUAUGCACGGAGAGGGACCCGGCGGCUACAACAAGCGUAGCCAUGGGGGUUGAACCCCCACACUCUUCCCUCACCGCCACCGCGGCGGCGUUUGUGCCUCGGGCACAAGCGCCGUCAAGUGCCGGUAUCGCUGGUGUUGCCACACCGGCGCACUGGGCCCCGGCGCCGAGGGUGGCGGUCACCCUCGAGAAGCCGCCCGUGCGCAAGAGCCGCACCGCCUCGGCCACCGGGCGCCGGGCGCGCCACCUGGCGCUCAUGGGAAAAGGGCCAAAAUCUCCCAUAGAUAGAACCUUGUAA